AUGGUGACCGUUGUCCUGGGCUUUCUUGAGUACAUUCCCGAGGGCUGCAAAGUAAGUGGAGGAGCCAUGUCCUUGCCGGAAUGCAUGCUGCCGUUCGUCAAGGAGACUCAAGUGAGCGCAAUCGGCCUAAAGGAGGAGGCUUCUCCACUCGCCGCGUUGUUCUUCGGAAUGGGCACUACCAGGCUUUGUUUCCAGAGGUCCGGAUACGAGUCAGUGAGCCAUAGGUCGAUAUUCUCAAAUGGAACGCAAAACAGAUGAUGAGAAAUUACAAUUGUCGAUGUACUGGACUACGUCGGUGAAUCCGUCCGCCCGAUCAAAGAAGGAUAUGCGGUUUUUGCAGCAAACCAUAUUGUUAGUAUCGGUUGGAGGAAAUGUGAUACUGAAUGGAUUGACAUUCUCGCGUAUGUUACCCAGUCAUCACACCCUGGCCAAACUCCUCAUACUGUAAAUAUGAGAAUUUAUUCUGAUGUUUCGCAAUGGGCGCUCAAGUGUUCCUGCAAGGCGGGAACUUCUAAAUGCAAGCACUUUGUAGCUUGCUUGCUGCAUGCAGAAAAGUACAGAAAGCUGGUGUAUAUGUCCUGUACGGAAGUGACUCAGGUGUGGGGAACUCCGAAAGCUCACAAGUCUGCUCCAUGGGGUGCAAAAAAAGUUUCCGAAAUGUGUUGCUUCAAACGCCCUAGAACGUCACCGGAAGUGGACGAACAUGAUGAAGAAGCAAUAUUGGUCGAAUCGUUCAGCAGAAUAUUGGCCGUUUCAAAGCAAUCUGCACUAUACAAACAUAUUCAGGGCAGGUUCCUGAACGAUCCCUUAUCUUAUCCAAAUCGUGCUCAACAGGCGUUAGAUCAUACAGAUGAUGAAUUUUGUGUUCCGAAAGACAUUGAGUUAUGCUUACUACGAAAAAUCGGCGGUAUUGAGGUUCAUCCAGCAUCGUACUGCUCGGACGAGGAAAAAAUAUAUUACGAAAAGUACAUACAAGUUGACAUUGAGAAAUCCAUAACGAUUGCUGUCGAAACGAAAAGCCAGAAUACAAAUGCCUGGAAGAUCCAUCGGGCAUCAAGAAUAACAGCCAGUUCCUGUUACUCUCUCUUCACGUAUAUCAGUAAUAAGUCUGCCAAUUGGGAGAAAAAAAAAUAG